CUCCGCUCGGCUCUGUCUGGACCGCAACCCGACACAUCUUUACCCCAUAAAUCAAACACUUUUUCCUGCACAAAAAUGGAGGCUUUCUGCGCCACCUGGAAACUGAUCGACAGCCAAAACUUUGACGAAUAUAUGAAGGCACUUGGGGUGGGCUUUGCAACCAGGCAAGUGGGCAACGUGACCAAGCCCACGGUGGUGAUCAGCCAGGAUGGAGACAAAGUGGUAGUGAAGACCCUCAGCACCUUCAGAAACACUGAGCUGUCGGCUAAACUGGGAGAGGAGUUUGACGAGACUACCCCCGACGACCGCCAUGUUAAAUCUACUUUCACGUUGGAAGGAGACAAGUUUGUGCAGGUCCAGAAGUGGGAUGGCAAAGAGACCAGAUUUGUCAGAGAACUCAAAGAUGGCAAGAUGGUUAUGACUUUAAGUUUCGAGGGGGUCCAGGCGGUGCGCACAUAUGAGAAAGCAUAACUAUCUGUAACUGCAUCUGAUUUUAAUGUAAGGUCUAAAACUGUUUUGGAAAACCUUUUGUAAACAAUUUUUUAACCCGUUCAAGUUGACAACUAAACAGUUUCAAUCUUUGCAUUGUUGUUGUUAUAAAGAACAGCUAAUAAAAGUCAAAUUUUUCCAAA